CAUUUGUCCAGUGUCGAGCGGCCGCAUUUUGCAAGUUUGCCAUUUUUCGUCUGCACUGCGGAGUAGUGAGCGCGUUGGGCAAGUGGCGCCGGCGGAACUGCUUCACAAACGACCUCCCGAAAACGUUGCUGUAGGAACCACCACCGGGCUUAGACAUGUCUCUGACUCCCAUUGAGAAGCUUCGCCACCAGUGCCUCCAGCGUGGCGCUCACGGCAUCAAGGGAUUCGCACGGCAGUUCCGCAUCAUGGACGACUCAGGAGACAAAAAGCUCGACAUGGAAGAGUUCAAGAAGGGCUUGCAGGACUUCAAGGUGUUCCUGAGCCCCAGCGAGGUGGACGCCCUGUUCAAGGACCUCGACAAGGACGGCAACGGCACCAUCUCCUUCAACGAGUUCCUCGUUGCGCUCAGGCCUCCAAUGUCAGCAGCUCGUCUGGAGCGCAUCACACAGGCAUUCCACAAGAUGGACAAAUCUGGAGACGGAAUCAUCACUGUCCAUGACCUCAAGGGUGUGUACAACGCUCGGCAGCACCCCAAGUACCAGAACGGGGAGCUCACUGAGGACCAGGUGUUUGAGCUCUUCCUGAAGAACUUUGACAGUCCCAAUGACCCCGAUGGCAAGGUGACAAUCGAAGAAUUCGUCAACUACUAUGCGGGCGUGAGCGCCUCCAUUGACACGGAUGCCUACUUCGACCUCAUGAUGAGGAAUGCCUGGAAAAUCUGAGCAACUCAAGAAAAAAAAAAUUGAGUCCACCCUUGUUUGGCCACGUGACCCUUGCCACUAGUCACGUGAUGCACAGCCGUCACACGUGCUUUUUGUCCCGUCCCGGCUGAAACCGUCGUCGUCGUGCAGACAUCCUCUAACACGUAACUCGUCUUAACAAUUCUCUUUCAGCUUCAUGUGUUGCGCUUUUUAUUGACAGGCCUUUUACUAUUCAGGGCAUCUUAUCGUUUGCAUCUGAGUCUUAAUUAUAAAUUUUUUAAAACCUUUAUACGUCUUAUCUGUACUGUACAUUUGGAAAGGUUGUUUGCUUGUGUUUUUCGUGACGUGGUAAAAGAAAAAAAUAUCUUAAUGCGUGCAGUGGGCAAACCCACGUUUAGGUUGCUGUGCUGACCAAAUGGGAUUAUGUGCUUAUGUCACCAGUACUACAUGUUUAUGAUGAUAUCAGUGAGAAAGCUGGUGUUUUUUGUUCUGUUUCCUUUCGUGCUGCGACGGAUCUCCUGGUGCGUAGUAUCAUCUGAAAUUUUUGCUUAAGUCACACAUAAGUGCCCGAAUGCAUCUGUUAAGCGAGCUGAUGUAUAGAGAAGCUGUGAAGUUAGGCCUAAUUUCUAAAGAAGCUUCUGUAGCCUUCAGCUAUUGACUCAUCUUGGAAUAAAGAUAUAUAGGAAAUUAUAGGUUUUGUGAAGUAGUUUGUAGCUUUUUAAGUUGUUCCACCUAGUCAGUUGUUGUUUACCUCCAGCAGAACCAAAAAGAAGAGUACAGUGUAACCACAAACUCAUCUGGUGGAAAGUACAGUGAAGAAGUUGUCGUUGGAUGUCUAGGAAGAAGUCUGUCAGUCAUAUCUAUUUUGACGAUUGGAAUGCGUUGGAGAAUUAGCAGGGUUGCUUCUGAACGUUCCUAAACCGAGUUGGAGUCUUAGAAUGACUUAACUACAGGGCCCAAAGUGAUUAUUUUUUCUAGAAAAGACAUUCCAGUGUUUGUUAUGUUGUUGAAUUUUUCAAGUGAAACAUGGAUUUCAAUGUUGAAGUGGUUGUUUCAGAGCAAGUUGACAUUUACCAUUCCUGUCUGUAAUGGAUUGGCAUGUUAUUUGACGUGCUCUGAGGUAUCGCAUGCAAUGCGAUACCUGUGAUGUACUGUGUGUUGAAAUUUCAGGCAUUGCACAGAACAAGGACUUGGUAGUGGCAUUGUUUUAUUACUGCAUGGCAAUUCAUUGCCAGCUGGCACCUAAAUGACUCACACAUGUUGUCAUUGACAUCAGCCAAAACUUGUUGUCAAGCGAGUUACUCAAACCAUGUUGUGCAUAUUCCUGCAAAAAGAAUCUUCACAUGUUGUUUGCUGUGACACUUUUUCAAUCUACACAAGUUAAAAUGCCAAGGUGUGUUAGAUGGCAAAGUGCUUGCCCUUUUGUGGACACGUUUAACCAUCUUCAGCAACAUUCCUAGUGAGUUCCGUGAACAUUCUAUGCACUGUUUCCAGGAUGCUCACAUAGUACCAAGCAUUGCUUGCCAACUUUUUGCUGCCAAUUUGCCCUUUAUGGGAGACUACCUAUGAUGUGUUAUACAGGAUUUAUGGAAUGUUCUAGUAGUGUUACAUUCGAAUGCAGAAGUUCUUUCUUAUCACGUCAGCAACAGCUGUACCAUAUUUUGUUGCACUAGUCGCAGUUCUUGAAGGGCCCCUCAUUAGGCCCCAUUGAAAAUUUUGGUUAUACGCUGGAAGUUAUUACGUGUCCUCUAGGGAGCUUUCUGCCGCAGAAAUUUUUCAAAUUGGCUCAUUAAUAGCCGAGACAGAUAUAUUUCAGUGCCGCGAACCCAUGAUAUCAGCAGGUGGGCUCCACUGCCAAGCAAGACGCUCUCUCCACUCGCCCCGUCUAGCCUCCGCAAGCGAAAUUCCUUUCCUACGUUCUCCCAUACCAGACCUCGAGGAUCGUGUGACGCAUACGUCACAGUGACGGAUACCUUCACUUUUCUUUUUUUUUUUUCCGGCACUAUGCAUUAUCGCUGACGGCACCGCGCAUAAGCUGUUGUCUCGUUCACGCAGCGCACGAUUUUGUCUAAUUCAGUGCUACACGAAUACUGAAGCAGAACAAGCGGAUUGCAGAGCAUAAUUACGCGCUGGAGCAUGGUAGAAAAUGGCAUGGCUUGGGUACCUAAACACGCGACCGUGGGAACAAGCAGACGAAGUGGCAGUACAACUCUCUUUCUUCAGUGCAAAGUUAAACAAAAACACGCAGACAUUCUGUUUGUGUGUUUUAUUAUUUUUCUAAACUUCAAUUCGUCAAUUCAAGCAACAGAUCGCAUAGAUAACAGAUGUUGUCUUGAAUAAUUCUCGAAGUCACGUGUCGCCACAACCCACGUCACACUGUGGAGACGACUACGUAGGCACAGGGACGCAACUACGUCACCGUCCGGCUUGGAGCGCGGCACCGCGACGAGAAGGAAAAACUGCUUUCGGUUUGAAAUUGCAGGUCUUUCCGCGGCGCUUAGCGAUGUAAUACUUUGCAAACACGAUCGUUAUCGCUCAAUGUAUGCUCUGCGCUUGUCAGCUCAAAAUGGCCAGACCUGGUGAGGGGCCCUGUAAUGCAUACUAUUUGGGCAGUCUUACAUGUUCAUUCGCAUCAAGAUGGAACAGGCUGCUUGAAGUGCAAGUAUGUUCCCAAAAUGAGCAGUUAUUUAUAUGCAGUGUCAUUCUUGAAUAAUGAAAGAAUGAAAAUAAGGAAACAUAUGGAAAUCUACUAGUUGCACUUUCAGUUCGGUGCCAUGUGCAAGGUAACGCUUGAUUAGCUGUUCUGGUGACUGUUACCACUCAAGCAAGUUCACCGCUGCUCAGUGAAUUAAUGGUCACUGAAGCACUUCACUGUACUGUUCAUUGCGAAAUGGCACAUUGCUCACCCACACAAAAGGACUCGGUGCAGUCAGGCACUAUUAGCACAACUUGUUGCCUAUGUAACGAAGAUCUUCUGCAUUCGAAUCUCGCUUUAAGCCAUUUAUGCUACAUAGCUCAGGUCAUGCUGAGAUGGCUUGAAUAGCAAGUUGCAUUUAAGGAAACCUUUUAAGCUCACAGACUGGCUGCAACAAGGUUCUAACUCUUGUUCAAGCCACAGUUCUGACGUAGAUACUGCCUUGCCAAUUUUACUCAUGACUUUUCACAAGCUAGCUGUCGUGCCAAGCUGUUAAUGGUGAUACGAAAGGGGGGGACAAGAGAAAAGUUCAAGGAUUUCUAUACCUCCUUUGGUAAUCUCUUCGGGGCACACACAUUCUCUGAGGGCGCUUUGAACUUCCCAAUGACAUUGUGUGCAAGAGUGCUGUGCUUUUGGUGUCUAGUUGCACACUUUCCUUACUGUUACUGUUGCUGUGAGUUGCAGUUUUAAUGCAUUUUAAGCAAGUGAAAACAGGUUGCAGUGACGCUAAACAGCAUUCUUAUUCUUCUGCAGUUUUAAAAAGGCAGACACGUGUGCAGUGUUGUCACCCCCCCCUGCCGAGUGAAACUUGCACUGAACCGUUUAUAUUUGCUAGAACAUGUUGCAUAUUUCUGUGAAAUAUAGAACAAAUUGCCAAAGGAAUUUGAUUCCAAAUUUGGUUUCAGUAAUCUGCUGUCCGCUGUAAGGGACGUUAUGCCAUUAAACAAGGUUAAAUUCUCUAUAUCCAGCAGGAAAUCAGCUAAGUUGACAACACUGUAUGUGGUUGCGUUUUUAAUGGCAGCCUGUAACAGUACAGCAUCGAAUGACUCAUUUGGAGUCCAUAAAAGGCUCACAAUUGUCCCCUUUUGAACUGCCCUGUAGGUGCACGCCAAAACAUUCGAUGUUUCUUCCUUUAAUGGCUCCACCAAUGCGCAUUGAGUCUGCAUAGUUGGCAACUUGGACAAUGCACAGUAUAAUAAACAAAUAUUAUGUGGUAAACUUAUGUGACCUGCCUACUCCUGCAGUCUGGUUAUUUUACAGUUGCAAGUGUAUAUGUGAGGUCACUGAAUGGUGAAGCGCAUGGCUGUUUGAUUGACACUGGUGUCAAUGACCUCAUUGUUUUUAUUUUGCGAAACUCAAGCAAUCUGAUGCUGAAAUAAUUGGCUUGAAGUGCACAUAAUUAUUUUCAGUUCAUCUUAGCAUGCACUGUGUAAGCUAUUAGUUGUAUAUGGUGCUUUGAAUAGCUGUAGAAGUAAAGACAUGAAGAUGCUGCUACAAGCGAGAUUUCGUGAAAGGUUUCUAAGCACAAGCUCUGGUUGGUGGCGGCAAAGUCUGUUGUUGGUACGUAACUCUGUACCAUUCCACUCUUGGGUGCAAUAUCCCUUGGUUACACUACUUUUGUUACGGUCUCAAGAUGUUUUAUGUUUUCGUUGUUCUCGUAGGUGUGCCUCGUCCACCGCGUACUUGUUAUUGUCAUUUCUUUAUACUGCUGUCUCCGACUCUAGCAUGCAUCUCAUUUUGGAAUCCUUGCUUAGAGCACGCAAAAGUGGUAAGCGCACAUUUCACGUACAUUACGUACCGCCUUGUUAAUUUAUUUCGGCACGCUUAGAGCACGUGUUUUUCUCAAAGCUGUUCUGCCUUUAUGAUCAAAAUAAAAAAAGCUUCUGAAA